GUAUUCGUCGCGUAUUAAGUUGCUGCUCUGUGUCCUAGGGGAGGAAGCUAGGGCGCUGAGCGUCCGGUCACUAGCUUUGCUCCUUACCGGAUCCACUGGACCAGAAAAGUUUGUGAAUAGAGAGCUUCCCGAGUUUUGGCACGCCCAGGCUUGCAGUGUAGGGGGACGGAGGAAGCUGGAGGGAGCUUCCUCCAUGGAGCCCACUCAGCUUCCAGAGAACCUUAUCCCGAGCCAGCAGUCCCCUGCUCCCGGCCCUGAGGAUCCUGAGGACCCCAGAGAUGACUCCCCAGAUAGCUCAGACACUGUCGUCCUCAGUCUGUUCCCCUGCGCCCCCGAGGCUGUGAGUCCUGAAGCAGAUGUCAGCGCAUCCUCACUGCUGGAAAGCUUCCUGAAGCACUCCACCACCCUCACAAACCGGCAGCGUGGCAAUGAGGUCUCAGCUCUGCCAGCCACCCUGGACUCCUUGUCUAUCCACCAGCUUGCAGCCCAAGGGGAGCUGAGCCAACUGAAGGACCAUCUGCGGAAGGGCGACAACCUGAUCAACAAGCCGGAUGAGCGUGGCUUCACCCCCCUCAUCUGGGCCUCAGCCUUUGGAGAAAUCGAGACAGUUCGCUUCCUGCUAGACUGGGGUGCUGACCCCCACAUCCUGGCCAAGGAACGGGAGAGCGCCCUGUCACUUGCCAGCAUGGGUGGUUACACGGACAUCGUGAGGCUGCUGCUUGAACGUGACGUGGACAUUAACAUCUACGACUGGAAUGGGGGCACGCCGCUGCUCUAUGCUGUGCGUGGGAACCAUGUGAAGUGUGUGGAGGCCUUACUGGCCCGGGGCGCUGACCUCACCACAGAGGCUGACUCCGGCUACACCCCGAUGGACCUCGCCGUGGCCCUGGGAUACCGCAGAGUGCAACACGUGAUGGAGAGCCAUAUCCUCAAACUGUUCCAGAGUACCCUGGCGCCUGCCGACCCCGAGUGAAGAUGGCCUGCUGGGAACUCCGGCACUCAGGGACAAACCAGUCAGCCCACAACUGACUUGAAAGGCAGUUGCUGGACAGUGGGGGGAGGGGCAGGGCCCUCCCCAACAAGAACCAAUAAAUCUGUGCAGAACUCGAA